ACUCACGAAAGCAUGAAAGCAAUGAUGCAUUAAUAGGACAAUUAGAAUUAAUGAUGGAAAAAGUUGUGAAGAUGGAGAAAACCGUCGCCCAGCUAAAAUUUUUUGACAAGGUUUCAGUAUCAAAUCUAUCUGAAAAAAGAAUAGGAGAGAUUUUAAACAGAAUUGGAGUGAAGCAAACAACAAUUGCAAAAGAAGACUUUGAAAAAUUUUAUUACAUUCAAUACCCAUCAUUCGAAUGGGGCGUGGAGGCCGAGGCUCAACAAAUGGAAGAAGUUGUGAGAUGGUUUAAUGACGCGCUAAAAUUGCCACGGGGAUUCAAUGUUUGGGAUAUUCAUACGGAUGUAUAUCAUCAACGAGAAAUAAAAAGUGCAAAUGUUAUUUUAACCGGUGGCAGUGAGAUAGCUAUCGGUCCUAGAAGAACAUAUUGUAUCUGGAUUGAGGCCAGAAAAUCCAUGGCAAGGUGUAUUAAAGCCCAAGCCAUUGGAGAGUUAUUAUUAUUAGAUAAUAAUUCCGCACUAAAUCCACUGGUUGUUCUGACGGACUGCAAUGACUUUUGGGAUAUAUUUUUUAUUAAAAAAAGAAACGAUGAAAACCACAUUGUAAGGUGUACGAUGGACCGAAGUUUGGCACUAGCAGUAAUUAAACAGUUCGUAAUAGAAGAAGGGAAUAGGUUAGGCAAAUGGAUAGGAGAUAAAACUAUAUGCGUAUCUGGAGAUGUAAUCGAACCUCUUAGAAGGAAAGCGAAAAUUUUUUAUUGA